ACACGCCGAGCCAGCCUGGGGCCGGGCGCCACCCUCUUGGGGAAAGUGACUGACUGGCGGGAGCGGGGACUUCCCGGAGGCUGGCGUUUUGUCGCUGGGCGACACUAGAACUGGCGGAAAGGGGAGCAACCGAGCCCGCCGCUUUCGAGGAUGGUCUUCGAAUCGGUGGUCGUGGACGUUCUGAACCGGUUCCUGGGCGAUUAUGUGGUGAACCUGGAUAGUUCCCAGCUCCAGCUUGGCAUUUGGGGAGGAGCAGUAGCACUUAAAAAUCUUGUAAUAAAAGAAAAUGCACUGUAUCAAUUUGAUGUCCCCUUUAAAGUUAAAGCAGGUCAUAUUGGUCAGCUGAAUUUGCAAAUACCAUGGAAAAAUCUUUAUACCCAGCCAGUUGAAGCUGUUUUAGAUGAAGUUUAUCUGCUUAUAGUGCCUACGGCCAGUAUUAAAUAUGAUGCUGAAAAAGAAGAAAAGCAACAGCUGGAAGCAAAGCAAAAGGAACUACAAAGAAUUGAAGACGCAAAACAAAAGAUUGCUGACAAAGAUAAACCACAAGAAAAGCAAGAUACUUUCAUAGAAAAGCUAAUUACUCAAGUUAUAAGAAACCUUCAGUUGAAAAUUUCUAACAUCCAUAUACGAUAUGAGGAUGAUAUCACAAAUAAAGAUAUUCCACUGUCAUUUGGUAUCUCACUUGAAAAUCUUAGUUUACAGACUUCAGAUCAAAAUUGGAAUCCAUGUAUACAAGAUGCAACCACUAAAUUGUUCUAUAAGCUAGUUCGAUUGGACAACUUCUUUGCAUACUGGAAUGUGAAGUCUGAAAUGUUUUAUCAGGGUGACUUUAAAGAAUGUUUGAAUAAUUUAAAAUAUGGAGUUGCAAGCACUAAUGGGAUCCCAGAAGGCUACAGUUUUGUAUUCCGUCCAAUUUCAGCUAAAGCCAAACUCCGUAUGAAUCCACGAUCUGAUGUUGACUUUUCAGCACCAAAACUAGAUCUGGAUGUAAAUCUUCAGGAUAUAACCAUUGAACUGAAUAAACCACAGUAUUUCAGUAUUAUGGAGCUCCUUGAAUCAAUUGAUAUGAUGACCCGAAAUUUACCUUAUAGGAAAUAUAGGCCAGAUGUUCCUGUUCACAACAGUGCCAGGAAAUGGUGGCAAUAUGUUAUAUAUGGCAUUCUUGAAGUAAACAUCCAACCUAAGCUACAAAUGUGGUCUUGGGAACAUAUUCGAUACCAUAGAAAUCAAGUGAAAAGUUACAAAGAUCUCUAUAAAAUAAAAAUAACUUCAAAGAAGCUUACACAAGAGAGUUUGAAUAUGUUAGAGGAACUAGAGAAGACUUUAGAUAUAUUCAACAUCACUCUAGCAAGACAACAGGCAGAAUUUGAGGCUAUUAAAGCUGGAUUAAAGAUUUUCAGACCAGGUGCUAAACAAGAUGAUGAAGACUCUGGUGGUUGGUUUAGUUGGAUAUGGGGAUGGUCUGGAGGAAAAAGCAGUGAAGCAAAACAAGAACCAAAAGGUAUUGAACAGUUUAUGACUCCACAAGAAAAAGAUAAACUCUAUGCAGCAAUCGGUUAUAGUGAAACAGCUGUCGACCCAACAUUGCCGAAAACGUAUGAAGCUGUGAAACUUUAUGUAAAAUUAAUAAGCAUGACAGUUCUAAUCAGGGAAAACAAGGAGAAGCCUGAGCUGAUAAAACUUGCAUUAAUUGAUCUCCGUACAACAGUAACUCAACGCCCUGGUGCUGAAGCAAUAAGAUUUGAAUCAAGUGUAAGUGCAUUUGAAGUGCAGGGUAUGGCUCAGAAAAAAACAGUACCGUGUCUGCUCUCCUCUCACACAGUCCAUUCACUGCACAAUGCAUCGCUCUUCACAAUAAUGUUUGAAACCAAUCCCUUAGAUGAGAAUUGCAAUCAGAAACUAAUAAUAGAGUCACAGCCUUUGGAAAUAAUAUAUGAUGCAAUGACUGUGAAUAGUUUAGUUGAUUUCUUCCGACCUCCAAGUGAUGUUCAUUUAGAGCAAAUAACUUCAGCUACCUUAACAAAAUUGGAAGAAUUUCGUGAAAAGACAGCUACAGGAUUAGUGUAUGUUAUAGAAACACAGAAGGUCUUAGAUUUAAAAAUAAAUCUUAUGUCUUCCUAUGUCAUUGUUCCACAAAAUGGAUUUUAUGAAGCUACAUCAAAUAAGUUACUUUUGGAUCUAGGUCAUUUAAAGAUGAGUAGUAAAAGUCGGUGUACCUUGUCAGACAUCAAAGUUGGUGAAAGUGCUCUUGAAGAUAUUAUGUCAAGAGCAUAUGAUAAGUUUGACAUUCAUCUCAGUAGCAUACAGCUACUUUAUAGCAGACAUUAUGAAAACUGGGAGGCGGCUCGUAGGUUGCAAUCCUCAUCUCAACAUAUCCUCCAACCUCUAGAUGUAAAAAUGGAGCUGAACAGAGCAAUGGUUGUAACAGAUGCAAGAAUGCCCAAGUACAAAAUGUUUGGUGAGCUGCCAUUACUUUCUUUCAAUAUCUCAGAUGAGAAAUUGAAAUCUAUUCUGGAACUUAUUGAUAGUAUUCCAAAACCAAAAAGUCCUCCUGACUCCACAGCUGUUCUACAACCUUCCAAGCUUCAAGCAUCUUCUCUGAUAACAACACCUCAGAUGUCGACCUCUAUACUUCCAUUUUUAGAACCUCUUUCAAUAGCUGGAUCAAGUGAAUCUGAAGAUGAAUAUUAUGAUGCUCCAAGUAGUCCUUUGGAAGACUUACCAUUUUUUGAAGCACCUUUGGGUUCAUUGAGUAGAGGUAGCAGCUUCCGAAAAAAGACAGCAAAACCAGAACCUUUGAAAAAUAUGACUGAUUUCCAAUUAAGAUUUGAAAUAUCUGAGGUGUUUCUUCAGGUGUGUCGUCUUGCAGAAGACACUGAAAAGCCAAUUCUUCGGUUGGAAAUCUUAAAAUUAGGCACUGAACUUAAGUUAAGAACAUAUGACAUGACUGCUACUGCUUUUCUUAGAGAGAUUUGCUUAAUGUGUCCAGAAUAUAUGGACAAUAAAGACAAGCCUGUUUAUAUUAUUUCAACCCUGGAUAAUUCAGUAGAUGAUCUUCUAGCAAUUGAGUACAUGAAGGCAGAUAUUAAUGCCCCAGAACUGAAGAAUACUUAUCAGAAUGUUCUACAGCUGAUAAAGGUGACUUUUUCUUCUAUAGAUAUUCAUUUACAUACAGAAGCACUCCUGAAUACAAUGAAUUUUCUAAAUAAUCUCCUUCCAACUCAAGAGGCAAAUACAGUAGAGAUUGUCCAAGAAAAAGAAGAAAAAAAAGAAGUUCUUAGGAAAUUUAGUUCAAAAAAAUCAAAACAUGAUGAUGUUUGUGAUCUCCAUCUUUGCGUAGACAUGAAUUGUUUACGUAUUUUUAUAAGAGAACAGAAACGCUGGAUAUCAGAAAUUAGUAUAGAAGGUCUUGAUAGCCAAGUGAUUAUGAAGAAAGAAACAACUGAAAUAUCUGCUAAAUUAAAGAAUAUAAUUAUUGUGGAUUGUGAUGUGACAGCCCUUUAUAAAAAGGCUCUCUAUAUUACUGGAAAAGAAGUCUUCAGUUUAAAAAUGAUUACAUAUACGUAUGCCACUGGUGUUGCUUCUGUUACAAAUAUGAAUGCUGUUGACAGCGAGAUUCACUUAACUGUUGGAUGUAUUCAAAUUGUUUUUGUCAACAAAUUUGUUUCUGCAAUUUUGGCUUUUGUAAACAAUUUUCAGAUGGCAAAGGAAGCAAUUACUGAAGCUACUGUUCAAGCUGCUGAAAAAGCAGCUACAGGUGUGAAAGAAUUGGCUAAGCAGAGUUCCCGAAUGGCGCUGGAUAUUAACAUUAAAGCACCCGUUGUCAUAAUCCCACAGUCAGCAGUAUCUACUGAUGUUUUAGUUGCUGAUUUUGGUAUGAUCACCAUAAAAAAUGAGUUUGUGCUUGUGAAAACUAAGCUUCGUUACAGUGUCCCACCUGUUCUUGACAGUAUUUGUGUGAAGCUGAGUGAACUAAAAUUGUACAGAUCAGAUAUUAUGAGUGGAUUAUUACAAAAUGAAUUACAACUACUACAGCCAUUAAAUCUUGAAGUUAAAGUUGAACGCAAUUUAGCUGCUCUCUGGUAUCAUGAAAUUCCUGACAUUAAGAUAUUUGGGCAUCUUAAGCCAAUUAAUCUGAUUCUCAGUCAGGCAGAUAUAACUACGAUUUUGAGGACCUUGAAUGAAAAUUUAGGAGAUAGUUCUGAACCUCCAUCUGUACCAGGAAAAAAAGAUGUAUUAAGCAUUCAUAGUGGAGCUGCAAGUGUCUCCCAGUAUUCUGGAGCUGGAAUAACAGUGGUGACAUCAGCUGUGGUGGAAAUGCAUUCCUCUGUUAAAGUAAAAACAACACUAAAACUAGACUUCCAGUUUGAUUCCCUGACUCUAGUUUUGUACAGCCCACGUUCCAAGCAGCCUCAAGUUAAGGAUGAACGAGAUAAUCGUCUGAAACUUGCAGAAUUUAAAUUAUUGUUAAUAUCUGCUGCUGUCAAAAUGUUGUCAGAUGGGUCACUGAAUGCCUCAGUUAAGUUAACAAAUUGCACCUUAGAUGAUAAACGGGAAACUGUACAGAAAGCUACACCAAGAAUGGUAGAAAUGAAGCAUGGAUCUGAAAAGCAAGUUAUGGUGAAUAUAAGCUAUAAACAGGGGAGAGAUGGCACCACUGUUGUGGAUACAGUUGUUGAGGAAACUUACCUCUGUGCUAGUGUAGAGUUUCUGCUUACUGUUGCAGAUGUAUUUCUAAAUGCUACUGCUGAAAGUGCUGCUGCAGAAAAAAACUUCAAGCAAACUUUGGCUACAAAAGAACAAGCUCCUGUACAGUCAGCAUCCACAAUGGAAAUAAAUCUUACCAUUAAAAAUCCUGAGAUUGUGUUUGUGGCUGAUUUAACACGAAGUGAUGCUUCUGCGUUGGUGGUCACAGCACAGUGUGAAAUCUCCAUAAAAAAUACUCCCGAAAUGUAUAAAAUGACAGCUGUUGUUGAAGAUAUAAAUGUGAAAGCUUGCCCAUUUUUUCCAACUCUGAGGAAAGGCAAUAUCACCACGGUAUUACAACCAUGUGAUCUUUUCUUUAAUAUGAUGCAGUCAGGUGAAGAUCCACAGAAAGCUGAGCUAUCAAUAAAAUCCCUUACUAUUAAGGUGUCACCUAUUAUCAUAAAUACAGUUAUAACUAUUACAUCAGCGCUUUUCCCAACUCAAGAGGCUGCAGAGAAAGAUAUUAGCCCAGUACAGCCAGACCUUUGGGAUAAGAAGAAUAUUAAAAAUCUAAAUAUGUGGUUUCUUGAAGAGUCAGUUGAAAAUAAAGAUCCUGCUUCUGUAAUUGAGUUGGUUCCUACAGGAGAGUCAUUAACAAUGAAAAUUGAAAGUGUUGUUAUAACUCUUGAAGCUGGAGUUGGUCAUAAAACAGUACCAAUGCUUUUAGCAAAAUCCUCAUUUUCUGGAGAAGUCAAAAACUGGAGUAGUCUAAUCAAUCUUUCAUCACGUCUUGAACUAGAGGUACAUUAUUUCAAUGAGAUGUUUGGUGUUUGGGAACCGUUACUUGAGCCUCUAGAAAUAGAAAACAGUGAUGAAUUCAGACCAUGGAUUCUAGAAUUGAAGAUGAAAAAGAAAAACAAAAAAGCCUUUGUUGAAUCAGUGGCUGAAGAAGAACACUAUAAAGUGCCAGAGUAUAAAACAGUAAUAACUAUUUAUUCUCAAAAUCAGCUGAAUAUUACUUUAUCCAAAUGUGGGCUAUUAAUGUUGAAUAACCUAGGCACGGCAUUUGCAGAAGCAGCUACAGAGACUUCAGAAACAUUCAAAAAAGAUCAGGCACCUUUUGUAUUAAUAAAUUCCUUAGGAGUUUCCACUGUUGUUUUGCCUAGUGAAUCAUUCAGCGUUCUUAAUAUUGAACCAAAAGCAAAUUCGUUUCAUCUUGAAGAUGGGCAAAGUCUAAAUAUGGAAUAUAUCAGGACUAAAAGUGAGCAAGACCAGUUCACAGCAAUGACCACUCUAAGCAGCAAAGUAUUCUACAUUUGGCUCACUCCUCAGAAUCACUCCACUACUGACAAGAUCCCAUUGACGAAAGUUGGACGGAGCCUGUAUAGAGUUAGACAUAACGACUCAGGUGUUGUAAGGUCUAUUGUUUGUCAAAUUGAUACUGUUGAAGGGAGCAAGAUAAUAACUGUACAUUCUCCAAUACAGAUAAAGAAUCAUUUUUCAAUUCCUCUGAGUAUAUUUGAAGAUGGAAAAUGUUUAGGAGUAGCACUACCAGAUGAUGAAUUUAACAUACCAUUAACCUCCUACAGGUGA